AAUGCAGUGAAUGUAACCGAUUUGGCCACAACAAACGGACGUGCAAAAAGGACAAUGACCAAGCUGCAUGUGGGGGUGACACUCAGCCAGAAGCAAGAGCUGCAGGGGAUGAAACAGGGGGAGAAGCACCAGAUGCAGGGGAGGUUCCAGGUGGGGAGUUUGGAACUGGAGAGCAGGCCCCAACAGGAGAGUCUGGCGUACACCUAAGUGGAGCCUAUUCUGCAACAGAACAAGCCUCGGUUGAACAGCAAGGUGCAGGGGAACCCAGUCAUGACACUUCUACACAAGCUGCUCGAGCUGCUAAGAGAAAAGGAAAGAGGCCUGCUGGUCGAGAAGUCCCUUCGCGAUACAGGGACUGUUUGAGGAAACGAACAACGAACAAGUAGUGCAACAAAACAGAUGGAUGUAUAUUUUGUACCAUGUGCUUUUUGUUAAGGAACGUUUUUUGUUUUGGGCAACACAUGGAUAUAUUUUACUAGAUGCCCCAACUUUGUUGUGUUUAGAAGCGUACGGUGGUGUAUGUGCAAAUGUAAAUGGUUGGAAAUGUUAUUCUGAAUGGUUUUUAUUUGUGUAAAUGAAGUUCGUUUAUGAUUGUCUUUAAUUGUGCCAGAUUAUGGUUGUCUUUUAUUGUCAUACGCUUGAGUGAAAGUAUAAUAUCUCCUACGGCCCUCCAUGUAUUAGCAAUAAUCAAUCAUGGACCCUUUUGUUUUCUUAUAUGAUCAAUCAUGGACCCUAAUAUUUCAUUAUUAUAACAGACCUAGCCCCUAUGAAAAACAACCCAAUCAUCCUUGGCCCACAGUGUGGCCCAUAAAUAUCCGCCUACAACUCAUCCAGCCCCACUCAUCCAGUGUUUAACGCUUACAACUCAACUCAAAAAUUACAACCAAAAAUGGAAGGAGUAGCUGCACAAGUGGUUUGCGAUUGCGGAAUCCCAUGUCGCCUAGACAUUUCUUCAACGGAUAGGAACCCCACUCGAAGAUUUUACGCUUGUUCAAAGCGAACUAAUCAGUGUAAUUUUUUUGCCUGGCUAGAGAAUGACAUGCCUUACCAAAUGUCGGUGGUCCGAAACUUGAAACUUGACCUCCAUGUCAUGACUGUUGAACUGGAGGAGGCCAAAAGUUUGCUUGCUGCUAAAAAGGACGAGUUCCAGGGAUUGAAGGAGUCCCAUGAAAUGUACAUAGACGAAAAUCAGGGAUUGAAGGAGUCCAUUGAGAUGUAUCGCGAUGAAAAUGGAAUCUUGUUUGAGGAAAGCGGUCUACUUUUUAUGGAGAUAGACAUACUGAAGGGCCAGAUCAAGGACAUGGAGGUCAAGUGUGCAGACUUGGAGAGGUCAACCAGGAACAUGAAGUUUGGUUUUUGUGCUGCUUGUGCAGUUGCAGGAUGCAGUGUAGGCUUGCAUUGCAUGAGGAAAAAUUGAAUAAUUAUUAAAUGAUGUUGCUUCAUUAUUAUUAUGGGUUGUAAUGCUACAUAUUUUAAUUAAAUAAUUUUUAAUUUCAGACAGUGUUUUUUUAAUUAUGAUAGAGCAAUUAAUUAAAUAUGCUAGAGUAAUUAUUAAUGA